AUUACACGUUCAUUAAAAUGAUAUUAUUUUUUAGUAAUGACAUUUUUAAUGACUCGUGUAAGGGCCGCUAAUGUUUCGAAUUAUUUUGGUCGCUUCUAGUGAAUGAAUCGGUUACAUUUUUUCUUUCGAACAAUUAGACUCAUGUCAAGUAAAUCUAAAACCCCAAAGGCAUCUAAAAAGGGUGCUGUGAAAGGCUCCACAAUACCCGGUCCAUUACCGGCAUUGGUACAAGGACCAGUAUAUAUUGAGUCGAAGUCCGGAAAUGUGUUGAUUAAGAUUUUAGCUAAACCAGGAUCCAAAACCAAUGGAAUUACUGAUAUUGGAGAGGAGGAGAUUGGCAUACAGAUAGCUGCACCACCCAUCGAUGGAGAAGCCAACACCGAACUAGUAAAAUAUUUGGCUAAGCUGUUAGAGCUACGCAAAAGUGAUGUAAGCUUGGAUAAGGGUUCAAAAUCUCGCCAGAAAACUAUCGUCCUCGAAAAAGGCUGUCGGACUCCGGAUCAGGUUUUGGACAUUUUUCGAAGAGAAGUCAAUAACUCAUGAGAGUAAUUUUUGGUAGGUUCAUUACUACUGCAAGUUUCUCUUUUUGUGUGUAUUUGUGUAUAUUUAUCUUUUUUACCGAAUAAAACUAUAGUAAAACAA